GACAAGUGAAUUAUAUUUUUAUUAAAAUGAAGUGUACGUAGAAAAAAACAGGUUUAAAGUACAAAGAGCAGCAGCUUUGAAAUGUAACUGCAAAUUAAUCAAAAUAAUAAUCUGGAAGUAUCAAUUAAGAACGUGAUUUUGACUUCAAAAAAGCGAUAAUAAUACAGAGAUAUAUACUUUGUAUUAAAUAAACGAAUAAUUACAGUUUUACACAACUAUGUUUAUGAUAAGGUUUGCUUUGCUCGGCCUGGUAUUAUCCUUGAUAAAAGCAGAAUCCGAGUGGCAACUAACGAAAUGUUGCCCACCGGGACAGAUCUAUGUAAACGGCCCCAACUGUGAAUCAGUACCGUUAUUCGCGAUAGACGUUUAUUCUCACUAUUGGAACAUUACCCGAGAGUUCCAAAAACUUCCUCAGUGCAACGAACAUGAGGAUCUUGUGACAACGGUACUCGACGAUUUUGAAUCUGACACUGUCUUGGAGGUGCCAGCUUGCUUAGAAUAUUUUUACAUAUCAGGGGAAAAAAAACCCAUAAUAAUAAUUCGUUACUGUCAAUCAAACAAGGACCAACAAGUGAAAGCAAAUGAUACAUCCUUUCCGCAACUCUUACACACCAGAAAAUGUUGCUUUGGCGAUACAAUAUUCGACAGCGGCGCAAAGACAUGUGUGACUCGAUUAAACGAAUCACAGAGUCUUGGAGCAUUUUUGUUCAAUAAAUCGACUGACGCAGAAAGUUCAGUGAUACUCACCCAAGGUCCACCUAAGUGUAAAGGGCCGAUCGUUAACUAUGAAAUUAACGAAAACGAUAUCUUCCUACGGAACAAUACAUAUAUGGUGAUGAUACGAGUGUUGAAAAAUAAUGUCAAAGAGGAACCAGUUACUGAAGAUAACGCUUGUCUCGAGAUGACGCCGGAUUUUGCAGUUAAACGAAGCUUGGUAGUCCGUAUGUGUAGGGAUCCGCAAUUCUGCGACACGAACGCUUGUAUCAGAAAAUGCUGUCCAGAAGAUAGCUAUGGUUAUGAAGAUGGUUGCAUUAGCUUCCUCCGUUUUACCAAUGAUGUGGGAGAAUUUUACAAUGCUUUUGUGAACGCCGUAGAUCAAACGAAUUCGUUCACUUUCGACACGAACAAAAGCCACGGGGUUUUGAUUCAGAAGCCACAGUGUGACUUAAUAUACGGUUACGAUUUAAAUGAUUGGGAGAAACAUGUGUUACUGACGUCAAAUGGACAUGUUUUUAUCAAUAAUUAUGAUACAAACGACAAGCACUGCUUCGAAGUCUAUCAUAACUAUUCCGACUACAACUCUUCUCGUUUUGAAUUGUUUGUCUGUCCCAAAUACCUGACGACUGAGACUCAUAAAAACGCUGAAUGGUGGUUCGCCAUAUUGGUCGUCAAAUGUAUAUUUCUGUUGAUGACGUUGCUAGUGUACGCGUACUUACCGAAUCUACAAAAUAUUCAUGGACAAACGGUUAUAUGUUAUGUGAGCAGUAUCUUGCUGACUACCAUCUGCACGUUCAUCAGCAAUUGGUACGUCAAUGUUGGACAUAAGCUACAAAAAACAUCGUGCAAAGUUUUAGGUUUGUAUACAAACGUCUUAGGAAAUAUUCGUAUACGAAUAACGUUAAAAAAACGUGAAAAAUAUUUUUCUAGCUUACAUCGGGAUGUUUUCUUUUCAUGCGGUAUUUUUCUGGCUUAAUGUCUUGUGCUUCGA